AUGGCAUCUGCGUGCCUGCCUGCGCUCUGCCGUCCCCUGCCGCUGGCUCGCUGCUGAUGCCGCGCGGCGGAACGGAACGGCUCGGCUCGUGCGUUUCUGCGUACCGCUGCAGCCGCAGUUGCCGAGCUUCACAGGCGAAUGAAACCGGAGAGCAGCUCGACAAAAGAAAAUAUGACGACGGAAGGUCCGAGCCGCUCCUCGCCAUCCACACAGCUGUAACCUCGGCGGGAAAAGGGUCGUGGAUUUUGUCGGACGUGAGAAUGCGGCUGUGACUCACGGUGGAAAUAUCCCUGGACCACUCCGCUCAGCCUCCCUAUCUGACUCCGCCGCCGAUGGUGACGAUGCUCUAAAGCUGAAUCUGCCUGCGGUCCAUCCGGUUUGACCUUCAAGGCAUCACUUUGAGUGAGAUCUAAUCGUCAGCAGAAUGAUCGAGGAAGGCAGCAAACGAGGCAAGGCCAUGGUCGAGAAGAGACAGCUCUUCAUGGAAAUGAGAGCACAAAACUUUGACGUUAUCAGAUUGUCAACCUAUCGGACUGCCUGCAAACUCCGGUUUGUCCAAAAGCGAUGCAACCUCCAUCUGGUGGACGUCUGGAACAUGAUCGAGGCUUUCCGAGACAACGGGCUCAACACGCUGGACCACAACGCCGAGAUCAGCGUGUCGCGGCUGGAGACGAUUCUGUCUUCCAUCUACUACCAGCUCAACAAGCGGCUGCCCACCACCCACCAGAUCAACGUGGAGCAGUCCAUCGGCCUGCUGCUGAACUUCAUGGUGGCCACCUAUGACAGUGAAAGUCAUGGGAAGCUGACCGUUUUCUCAAUGAAGGCCAUGCUGGCGACGAUGUGUGGAGGGAAGAUUGUGGACAAGCUGCGCUACGUUUUUUCACAGAUCUCAGAUUCGAGCGGAGUCAUGGUGUUCUCAAAGUUCGAUCAGUUCCUCCGGGAGGUGCUGAAGCUCCCCACAGCGGUGUUCGAGGGCCCGUCGUUCGGCUACACGGAGCAUUCGGUGCGGAUGUGCUUCCCUCAGCAGAAGAAGAUUAUGUUGAACACAUUUCUGGAUGUGUUGAUGGCAGAUCCUCCUCCUCAGUGUCUUGUAUGGUUGCCACUCAUGCACCGACUCGCUAAUGUUGAAAACGUCUUCCAUCCGGUGGAAUGUUCUUAUUGCCGGAGCGAGAGCAUGAUGGGCUUUCGGUACCGGUGCCAACAGUGCCACGGCUACCAGCUUUGUCAGAGCUGCUUCUGGCGGGGCCACGCCAACGGCCCCCAUAGCAACCAACACCAAAUGAAGGAGCACUCGUCCUGGAAGUCUCCGGCCAAAAAGCUGAGCCACGCGAUCAGCAAAUCUCUGGGCUGCGUCCCCAUCGGAGAGGCGCCGCACCCCGUGUUCCCCGAGCAGGCCGAGAGACCUCAGGAGCUCACCCAUACUGUUCAGGCGAAAGCAGCGACCAACAACAUGAACGACACAAUGCUCAUGUCCUCUGGUGCACCCACUCCUACCAAAAGUGUUUUGGAGAGUCCCAGCCGGUUAGAUGAAGAGCACCGGCUCAUCGCACGAUACGCUGCGCGCCUGGCAGCUGAGGCGGGCAACUCCACACAACAGUGUCCUCCAACAGACCUGGGUUUCAACUUCGAUGCCAAUAAGCAACAGAGACAGCUGAUCGCAGAGCUGGAGAACAAAAACAGGGAGAUCUUGCAGGAGAUCCAGAGGCUCCGUUUGGAGCAUGAACAGGCCUCUCAGCCCACGCCAGAAAAAGCCCAGCAGAACCCCACGCUCCUGACCGAGCUGCGACUCCUCAGACACAGGAAGGACGAGCUGGAGAGGCGCAUGUCGGCCCUGCAGGAGAGCCGGCGGGAGCUGAUGGUCCAGCUGGAGGGUCUGAUGAGGCUGCUGAAGGAUGAGGAGCAGAAGCAGGCUUCCCAGUCUGGAGGCUCCCCUCAUUCUUCUCCCAGCCACGGUGCCGGCUGCUCCAUGCCCAUGCCCAUUCGCUCCACCUCGGCCGGGUCCACCCCGACGCACACACCGCAGGACUGCCUGGCAGGCGUGGGAGGAGACGUGCUGGAGGCCUUUUCUCAGGGUGUACCCAGAAACCUUCGGAACGAUCUUUUAGUUGCUGCUGACUCAAUCACAAACACCAUGUCAUCGCUGGUGAAGGAGCUCCACUCAGUGGAUGACGCGGCGGAGGACGAGGAGACCUACAUGAGGAAUGGUGGAGACAGAGGUGGGUCCAGGCACACUGAGGGUACAAAAGCACUGAGGGGAAGAGAUCCCUACCCUGGCCUGCGAGGACAUCCGGUCAUCGACUGGGAAGACUCGGCAUCAGCAGGAAGCCCCUGGCAUUAGCACGUAGAGUAAUGCAUGCAUCUAAUCUAAAAAUGAAUUUCACUGUGUGAAAAAAAAGAAGAAAAAAAAAAGAAGUCGUCACACCUUGCGCCUAGCAAGAUGUGUCUAAUUACCAAGUGUGUAUGUUGUCCUGUAAACAAAACAAACAAGGCAAAAAAAAAAAAAAAACCUGCUGUAAAAUUACCAGAACAAUUUCCCUCAUGAGUGGGAAGAACGGCUUGCUGUGCUUUUUAUCUCCCAUUCCAGCAGAUCGUCCUGUACAUAAACUACUGUAAACACACGGAGCCUUCUCACCGAGGAGACGUCCUGAUACCACCUGCUCUCUGUCAUGGCUUUUUCUCUCUGUUUUUUUUUUUUUUUUGGAGUAGUUUACAUUUAUUUAUGAUGUUUGUUUUCUUUUUUUUCCAGGUUUUUGCAUGAAGUUGCACUCAUGUCUGGAUUUAGUUACUGUACUGUACAACGCUAUGCCGGGUCUUUGAUGGUGUUGUGAAGACAGCUGUGGUGUCAGAAGUGUCCUCCAAGUUCAUGCUAGCUGUGUUUACCUGCACAGGGGAAAUUCUGGGUCUUUGGGCUUGUUACUGUGAGAAGAAGCUUGAGGAGGCACUAUUUAUUUAUAUGUUUAUUUUUAAUUAUUACUGUUUUUUUUUAGAAUUUGCUUUACUGCCAUGAUUUAUGUGAUGGAGAGAGCCUGCCAGAGGAAUAAGCAAAUGCCUGCUUGAGGUUCCUUUGCUGCUACUGUGAAACCAGGAAUGUUUAUUCCCCUGAAUUUUCAUCUUUUGAUAAGUGCUUUCAUUUUGGACUAAAAGAUCGACUCCCUCUUUCAGCACAGAUGGUUCCAAAGAUAUGCUGGUGAUUUUAAAUCUCUAAUAGAAAAGAGAAAUGAUGAGGCAAGAGCUAUGUUAAACUGAUAAAGCUGACUUACGAAGUUGAAAAAAUGUACCAGUUUUGAAUGCUUGGGACUCUCCCUCCCUAAAGCGCCAUACAAAGGUUCCUGUUUUAUUUUCUAGAAUACAUUUCUACCCUGGUAAUAUAUUGUUACCCUUUAUCAGCAGAGACACAGGCGGGUAAUGGCGGCCUAGUUUUUUGGAAAUGAUUCCUGUAGUUGAAGGUCACUGACUGUAAAACUACCACAGGCUCUUGUGAAACUUGUCACCUCUGAAAACCAGUUGUGAAAUUGUUCAACUUAGAUUUAUGUGACUGUUGUCACUCGAGAUAAACUUCAUUUAAAACACAGAACAAAUGACAGGAGAUAAAGACAGGCUGGCGUUCGUAUACAAACGAUCUCAUAAAUUGUAUGGCAAGAAAGCAAAUCAAGCUAAUUUACCUCAAUUCUAAAGCUAAUAAUUUCAGGGAAUAAUGUAGUGCAAAAAUUCUUUGACAUUUGGGCUUUUUUUCUUCUAAAUAGCCAAAAAAAAAAACCCUCUCAGCUGGCGUCCAGAAUAACCUGUGCAUGUGAACACCCUGGAUGAAUCUCGUACUACUCUGCUGCUAAUCGCCAAACAAACAAACAAAACAAAAAUUAAGAAAAAAAAACACAACAACAACGAGCCAAGUCUCCUUUACUCCCAAUGAAUACCGCCUGAAGGGCAUCGUUAGCUCAACACAGCACGGUGCCUCCUUCCAGAGGACGCUGAGUGGCUGCUAGGCAACGCGUUAGCACGGUAACGGGUUAGCCGCAGGGCGGGUUAUGAGGUUGGAAGGCCAUAGAUAACUAGGAAGUGCUUCAAAUAGCUUUAUUUAGGCGAUGAAAGUGAGCAGAAAAUGUUUAUGUGCAAUGACGGUAAAUGUGCUCAGGGACUGCAGAGCUAACGGUUUGCUGUUCAAAGUCCUGAAAUGUGAGAAAUACUGGGAUUGAUUAUUUAAUCAAUAAGUGAAUUUGGACUUGCUUCGGAUCACAUUUGUACGGUUUUAUCGGGACUUCCCAAAGCACAUCUUAUGAGUAGUUUUGAUCUGUUUUAGGUAGAAACUCUAUAUGCCUGUGCAGCAAAUCAAUCAAUCAGCAAAUAAUGAAUGAGUGAUUUGCAUUGAGUAAUUUGUGUAAUGGCCACUUUUAUUGGCACCCUUCAUGAAGACGAUAAACAGCCUAACAAUAAAAAUCACCUUUUAUUGCAGCUCUGUAACCUCACUUUAAAAAAAAUGUGACAAAUCUUAUCUUCAAUUCAAGGUAUUUUUUUUCCACGUUAAGAAAUAAUUAUGUUUAAUUAAAUUACUAAUUAUCUGUACUCCUAACAAUCCCAUUAUUUAAUAAAUUAAAAUAUAUAUCCGAGACGUUUUUUUUAAAUACAAUCUUGACUUUUUUCUUGUAGCUGAUCAGCGUUUCUAGGGAGUUCUAAUGAUUAAUCAAUACCUUUUCUGUUUCCUUAGGUCAUAAAUAUGAUAUGACAGGAAUUUAAUUUCUUUUAGCCACUCUGAUGGACGACUUUGCAUGUUUAAUCUGCGGUGCUGCACAGCGAGCAGGAUGGUAACAAAAGUAAAAAAUAAAAAGAAACAAUUCAGAGCUAAGAUUUCUCUAUAUUUUCAUUGACGAUUAAAGAUGGAUCCACUGCAGGGCUUUGUACACGUCUCUAUCAAGGGUGCCAUGAAAUGUGUGGUCAGGGAUUUUAGGAGAGGAGUUUUUCUUAAGUGCUGUUUGGUUAGAAAUGCUUUGUCUGUGGGUGACUGUGUCUUUUGGCAAAGCAAAGUGUUGUGUUAACAGAGGCUGUGAACCAGUUGGCCAUGCUUAUUCAAAGUCACACAGGUUAUCAAACCGUUUUACCUUUACAUGUUAGUUUUUGGUUUGAUUCCAUGUUGUUUAAUGUAGCCGUCUGUAAAAACAAAUGUGCAUUUUCUGGGUUAUAGUUCAGUUCUUUAAUCCUUAUUUAACUGAACUGCAGAAGAUUUUGCUUUUUGUUUGUUUCCAUUUCUGGUUCACGCACUAAGCCUGUCCUAUAAGCUACAUAAGAGGUUUUAGCGACACUGUGUUAAGAAAAAAACAAAAAGAGACUCCUCUGUUGCCGUUCUAAAUGUUGAUUUUUUUUUCCCCCUCUUUUUUUCUCUGUUUUAAUGUAUAUUGUCUUUUUAUUUCUAUGAUUCUGCUCUGCAACAUUGAUGGAGUCUAGUUGUUGUAAUGGGUUUAUCAAAAACUGCUGAUCACCUGGGACACUUUCAUUUGAAAGCAGGAAGAAUCAUUUUAACCACUGCUGCUGUAAAACAUGUUUCGGCCCACAAAUUAUAUGUGACAACGCUGAGAUUUAAAACAAACAAAAGCAAAUGUGACCCUUUCCCCUUUCAAUCUGAUCCUGCAUUUUAUUGCAACUCUUAAUCUUCCUGUUCUGUUCUUUCAGUUUGUGCCUGUAGCUGUACUGUAAAGUGCUGUAUAAAGUAACCAUUCAGCAAACGAGAUAAUCUGUCAGCCUCUGUGUCAAGCUUUUAGUCUGUGACUUUGUAGAGAUUUUAUUUACUUGUCGAUUAUUUUCUCGUGUUUUUUGAGGUGGGGAUGGUGGGCGGGGUGAUCUUACGCUCAGCCUUUACAUUUGUGCCAAACUGUUUGCAGAUGUUGUGUGUCAUAGAAAAAACACAGGUAUAUAUCAAAGUAUAUCUGCAUUAUUAGUCUGUCGUCGACCUUAAUCUGUUCACUGAAUGCCUGGGGAUGGAAAGUCAUCUGCUGCUGAAAAAAAAAGACGCAUUUAAGAGUUAUACUAUUAUUAUCAAAA